AUGGACAGCAACAGCACGCCCUGGAGCGCCGACUGGGGUCCUCCGCUGACUGAGGCUGCCGCCGUGGCGCCCACGAUCUUCCCGCGAGUGGGCUACAGUAUCAUUUCUUUCCUCAUGUUCAUCAACACAGUUUUAUCGGUGUUCAACAACUGUCUCGCAAUCACUGUCCUGGUGAAGAAUCCGUCUCUCCUCCGUCCCAUGAACGUUAUUAUCCUCAGCCUGGCGGUGUCCGACCUCAUGAUAGCCCUGUGCGGCUCUCUGAUUGUCACUAUCACCAAUUAUCAGGGCUCUUUCUUUCUUGGCGACACUUUCUGCGUUUUUCAAGGAUUCGCAGUCAAUUAUUUUGGUCUGGUGUCUCUCUGCACUCUGACUCUGCUUGCCUAUGAGCGCUACAACGUGGUGUGCAAGCCACAGGCUGGCUUUAAGUUAAGCAUGCGGAGAAGCCUUGCUGGGCUUCUAUUUGUCUGGGUUUUCUGCUUGUUUUGGGCUGUGGCACCCUUAUUCGGAUGGAGCUCUUAUGGACCUGAGGGCAUCCAGACCUCAUGCUCCCUGGGCUGGGAGGAGAGAUCCUGGAGUAACUACAGUUACCUCAUCCUUUACACACUCCUCUGCUUCAUCUUCCCUGUUUCAGUCAUCAUCUACUGCUACUCUAAGAUUCUGAAUUCCAUGAACAAGCUGAACAGGAGUGUAGAGCUCCAGGGAGGGCGCCCCAGCCUUCAGGAGAAUGAGCACGCCAUCAGGAUGGCGCUGGCCAUGAUUGCAGCAUUUUUUGUUUGCUGGCUGCCCUACACUGCCCUGUCUGUGGUGGUGGUGGUCAGUCCAGAACUCUACAUACCGCCACUUCUCGCCACCAUGCCCAUGUACUUUGCCAAGACCAGCCCUGUCUAUAAUCCAAUCAUCUACUUCCUUACCAACAAGCAGUUUCGUGAUGCCACUCUGGAGGUGCUGUCGUGUGGCCGCUACAUUCCCCGAGGGGCCACCAGUGUCAGCAUGAACAUGCACACUUUAAACAGGAGGAGCAGACUGACUAACUCAAACAGGGGAGUCACCAUGCACAGCAAGGUGUUGCCACUGUGA